CGGAUGAGAGGAGACCUCUCAGAACAAAGAGGAAGUAGCUGGAAGUGUAGCAGAAAGCUGCAGAGCGGAGGAGGCAGGCGUGGAGUGCAGGAGACACUGAGCCUACCCCGUCAGCUCGGGGCCUGCAGUCUGCGGCUGGAGCCAGGAUGGACACCAAGGCAGGACCCCCAGAGAUGCUGAAACCUCUUCAGAGAGCAGCAGUGGCCCCCACGUGGCCAUGCGCCACGCCGCCCCACCGCCCAUGGGACAGAGAAGCUGGCAUGGUCCUGGGAGCACUGGCUGUGCUGUGGCUAGGGUCCAUGACUCUCACCUACCUCCUGUGGCAAGUGGCCCUUCCUCCCACCUGGGGCCAGGUGCACCCCAAGGACAUGCCCGGGUCCUGGGGGCAUGGUUCCAGCCCAGCUUGGGAGCCCCUGGAAGCAGACACCGGGCAGCAGAGGGACUCCUGCAGGCUUGUCCUUGUGGAAAGCAUCCCCCAGGACCUGCCAUCUGCAGCUGGCAGCCCCUUUGCCCAGCCUCUGGGCCAGGCCUGGCUGCAGCUGCUGGACACUGCCCAGGAGAGUGUCCACGUGGCCUCGUACUACUGGUCCCUCACAGGGCCCGACAUCGGGGUCAACGACUCAUCUUCCCAGCUGGGAGAGGCCCUUCUGCAGAAGCUGCAGCAGCUGCUGGGCAGGAACAUUUCCCUGGCUGUGGCCACCAGCAGCCCAACACUGGCCAGGAAUUCCACCGACCUGCAGGUCCUGGCCUCCCAAGGUGCCCAGGUACGACAGGUGCCCAUGGGGAGGCUCACCAGGGGCGUUUUGCAUUCCAAAUUCUGGGUUGUGGAUGGACGCCACAUAUACAUGGGCAGUGCCAACAUGGACUGGCGGUCCCUGACACAGGUGAAGGAGCUUGGCGCUGUCAUCUAUAACUGCAGCCACCUGGCCCAAGACCUGGAGAAGACCUUCCAGACCUACUGGGUGCUGGGGGCACCUAAGGCUGUCCUCCCCAAAACCUGGCCUCAGAACUUCUCAUCUGACAUCAACCGUUUCCAGCCCUUCCGGGGCCUCUUUGAUGGGGUGCCCACCACUGCCUACUUCUCAGCAUCACCGCCGGUGCUCUGUCCCCGGGGCCGCACUCCGGACCUGGAGGCGCUGCUGUCAGUGAUGGGGAGCGCCCAGGAGUUCAUCUACGCCUCAGUGAUGGAGUAUUUCCCCACCACACGCUUCAGCCACCCCCGCAAGUACUGGCCAGUGCUGGACAACGCGCUGCGCGCAGCGGCCUUCGCUAAGGGCGUGCGAGUGCGCCUGCUGGUCGGCUGCGGGCUCAACACGGACCCCACCAUGUUCCCCUACCUGCGGUCCCUGCAGGCGCUCAGCGACCCCGCAACCAACGUCUCUGUGGAUGUGAAAGUCUUCAUCGUGCCCGUGGGGAAUCACUCCAACAUCCCAUUCAGCAGGGUGAACCACAGCAAGUUCAUGGUCACGGAGAAGGCAGCCUACAUAGGCACCUCCAACUGGUCGGAGGACUACUUCAGCAGCACGGCGGGGGUGGGCCUGGUGGUCACCCAGAGCCCCGGCGCGCGGCCGGCGCGGCCCGCGGUGCAGGAGCAGCUGCGGCUGCUCUUUGAGCGAGACUGGAGCUCCCGCUACGCCGUCGGCCUGGACGGACUGGCUCCGGGCCAGGACUGCGUCUGGCGGGGCUGAGGCGGGCCCUUCUUCUCUCGGCGACCCCGGCCUCGACCUCAGCCGCUUCCUCCCGCAGGCGGCCCGGCGUGGGCACUGCGCCUGGAGCCGCCUGCGGCCGCUCGGGCGCCGCAAACCACGUGCCCGCUCUCUGAUUUCCCAGGGCCCGCGAAGCCCCGCCUCCUCCAGGGAGCGCUCCAGGAGGCCCCUCGGACUCCGGCCCACAGGCCAGGCCUAAAAUACACUCGUGCUUCCCGGUG